AUGGAAGACUGUUGCGCGGUCUGCGCGGAGCCGUUGGAGUGGGUAGCGAUAGGCCCGUGCGGGCAUCGCGACGUGUGCUCCAUGUGCGUCGCGCGCCUGCGAGUCGUAAUGAACGACCAGCGCUGCUGCAUCUGCAAGCAGUCCUCGCUCGCCGUUGUCGUCACCAAGGCUCUGGGCGACUACACGCGAACGUCGUUCGAUUUCGCAGCGCUGCCGUCGCUCGUCGCCACGCCCGGGCGACCCGGGGCAGGCGAGUACUGGUACGACAGCGCCAUGGGCGCUUACUUCGACGACGAGUCGCACUUCAAGACAAUGCGCGCAAUGACGCGCCUCACCUGCUCCAUCUGCGCCAAAUCCCCGCCGGCCGCCGCCUCCGGCUCCGCCGCCGCCGCCGGCGCCGCGGGCGGAGCGAAUCCGCCGUUCGCGGGGACGGGGGCGGCGCCGCCGGGGCUGGCGUUCCGCAGCUUGAGCGCGCUGAAGGACCAUCUGGGGCGCGCGCACGCCGUUAGGAUGCAAUACGUGUCGUCUGCCAUUUGGAUUCCCUUCUUCUGGCUUCAUCCCUCCCGCACUCCCCCCCACUCGCCCCUGCCUUCCGCCUGCUCGUUUCCGCCACACUCCCAACCCACCCCGCCCUCUUCCCCCUUAUCUCCCUCCUCCUUAACCACUCCUCUUCUCCCGGCUUUCUCUCUCCCGUCGCUCGUUCUCACGUUCGCUGCCUCCUUUUCCUCAUAUCUCCCUUGCCAAUACAUCCGUUGUCCCCGCUCCCGCAUCCCCUCCGCACAUCUUUCUAUCCGAGCACCGACUGUUUUCCUAUCGGAGCAGCGCUUCUACACGCGGCAGCAGGUGGAGCGGCACGAGGCGGGCGGAGAUCCCGAGGUGGACGCUCGCUGCCAGUACAUCCAGUGUCCCCUCUCCCGCUCCUCAGGUCUUUCUAUCGGAGCAGCGCCUGUACACGCGGCAGCAGGUGGAGCGGCACGAGUUUUGAGACGCCUCAAAAGCCCUCCCUUCCCCCUCCCCCUCCUUUCCCCCUCCCCUUCCCUUCCCCCUCCCGCAGGUCUUUCUAUCGGAGCAGCGCCUGUACACGCGGCAGCAGGUGGAGCGGCACGAGGCGCGCGGAGAUCCCGAGGUGGACGGCAGCAGCGAGGAGGCGCGCGGCGGGUUCAAGGGGCACCCGCGCUGCGACUUCUGCGCGCGGCGCUUCUACGGAGACAACGAGCUGUUUCACCACAUGUCCACGGAGCAUUUCACAUGCCACAUUUGCCAGCGGUAAGAGCGGAGGGAGGGGAUGGGGCCUGGGCAAAGUGGGGUGGAGAGGGGGUAGGAGGGGGUGGGAGGGGGAGGGAGGGGUGGGAGGGGAUGGGAAGGGGUGGGAGGGGAAACGGUGCGAUUGGAAGGGGUGGGUGGGAGAAACGGGUUCAAGGGGCACCCGCGCGGCGCUUCUACGGAGACAACGAGCUGUUCCAUCACAUGUCCACGGAGCACUUCACGUGCCACAUCUGCCAGCGACCACCACGUGUGCGAGGACAGGGAGUGUCUGGAGAGGGGCACUUUUCCGCCCAUACCACACAUCCCGGUCCACACUCGUCCCCCCGUUCCACCGUCUCCCCGUCUCCCCGUCCCCCCGUUCCACCGCCUCCCCGUCUCCCCGUCCCCCCGUUCCCCCGUUCUCCUCUCCCCCUUCCGCAGAACCACUUCCGCGCAGACCACCACGUGUGCGAGGACAGGGAGUGUCUGGAAAAGAAGUUUGUGGUGUUUGCAUCGGAGAUGGAGCUAAAGGUGCGUGAGGGGGUGCAGGCACAGAGGGUGCGCAGUGCGCGCACAUGGCUUGUGAGGGGCAGGCAGGCAGGGAAGUGUGUAGCGGGGAAGUUUGUUGUGUUUGCAUUGGAGAUGGAGCUAAAGUCGACUCAAAAGGGCACUCACAUAUACCUGGGUGUGACUCGCGAGGACAGGGAGUGCCUAGAGAAGAAAUUCGUGGUGUUUGCAUCGGAGAUGGAGCUAAAGCAACACAUCGCGCAGCAGCACGCGGGCAAUAUGAAGCGCGCCGAGCGCAACCGGGCACUGCAGUCCCUCCUCCUCUCCCCUCCCUCCUCCCCCUUCCCGUGUUCACGUUCUUCCGCUCUUCUUUCUUCUCCCUCCCACUUCCCCUCCCCUCCUUACGACCUCUUCCCUGUCUCUUAUUCAAUCCCGCCUUCCCAAUCCCCCCUUCCCAGUUUUUCAACUUCCCCUCAUUACGCGCAGAGGGUGGCAGGGGGAGAGGCAGGGGGGGGCGACAGGGGUACGAGGGCGGGGGAGGGGGACGAGGAGGGGGACGCGGAGGGGGGUUCGGGGGCGGGAUGGGGGGGAUGGGGGCGGGUGUGA